AUGGCUAGUGUUCGAGAUCUUGCCACAUCAGCUGCUAUCAAUCUGCUCUCUGCAUUAGCAUUUCUUCUUGCUUUUGCAUUCUUAAGGCUCCAACCUAUCAACGACAGAGUAUACUUCCCCAAAUGGUACUUAAAGGGCGUAAGAGCAAGCCCCAGAAGUUCAGGGCCUUUUAUGAAAAAGUUCGUGAAUUUAGACUUCAGAACGUACUUAAAGUUUUGGACAUGGAUGCCUGCGGCAUUACGAAUGCCAGAGCCCGAGCUUAUCGAACAUACCGGGCUCGAUUCUGCUGUGUAUAUUAGGAUUUACCUUCUUGGAUUGAAAAUUUUUGUCCCAAUUACCCUUCUCGCUUUCGCGGUGCUUGUGCCUGUCAAUUGGACUGGGAAAACGCUUUCCAAUGUUAAAGAUUUAACAUUCAGUAAUAUCGACAAGCUUUCUAUAUCCAAUGUUCCUUCAGGAUCUCCAAGGUUUAUUACACAUAUUAUAAUGGCGUAUGUAUUCACAUUUUGGACAUGCUAUGUCCUUUACAAAGAAUAUCAGAUUGUGACUAACAAGAGGCUGCAGUACCUAGCUUCUGCACAUCGUCGUCCAGAUCAAUUCACUGUUCUUGUGAGAAAUGUUCCUCCGGAUCCAGAUGAAUCUGUUAGCAAGCAUGUCGAGCAUUUCUUUUGUGUUAAUCAUCGUGAUCACUAUCUAACCCAUCAGGUCGUAUAUAAUGCGAACAAACUAGCCGAAUUGGUCGAGAAAAAGAAAAGUCUACAUAACUGGCUUACUUAUUAUCAAACACGGUAUGAGAGGAAUCCAAGCAAGAGGCCAAGAACAAAGACAGGUUGUUGGGGCCUUUGGGGAAAGUCUGUGGAUGCCAUCGAUAAUUACACAACAGAGAUUGAGAAGAUAAUAGAAGAGGAAGAUGCAGAAAGAGAGAAGGUAAUGAGCGACCCAAAGGCCAUAGUACCGGCAGCAUUCGUCUCGUUUAAAUCCCGGUGGGGUGCAGCCGUUUGUGCCCAGACUCAACAGUCGAGCAACCCAACCAUUUGGCUCACAGAGUGGGCCCCCGAGCCGCGGGAUGUUUACUGGCCCAAUCUCGCGAUACCUUAUGUCGAGCUUGCUGUGAAAAGGCUGAUCAUGGCAGUUUCCAUGUUCUUCCUCACCUUCUUUUUCAUGAUCCCUAUAGCCUUUGUGCAGUCACUGGCGAGCAUUGAUGGCAUUGAGAAGGUUUUCCCAUUCCUAGAGCCGUUGAUCGAGGCGGAUAAUGUGAAGUCUAUCGUUCAAGGUUUUCUUCCCGGUAUUGCACUGAAGAUAUUCCUGAUACUUCUUCCAACAAUUCUCAUGACAAUGUCCAAGAUCGAAGGUCUCACGUCCCUUUCGUCUCUGGAUAGACGUUCGGCCGGAAAAUAUCAUCUGUUUUUGCUUGUUAAUGUCUUCUUUGGAAGUAUUGUCACCGGAGCAGCUUUCCAGCAACUCCAUAGGUUUCUCAAUGAGAGCCCUUCAGAGAUCCCAAAAACAGUAGGUGUUGCCAUUCCCAUGAAAGCCACUUUCUUCAUAUCGUAUAUUAUGGUUGAUGGUUGGGCCGGUAUAGCUGCAGAGAUUCUUCGAUUGGUCCCAUUAAUUGUAUUCCACUUAAAGAACACAUUUUUGGUCAAAACAGAAAAGGAUAGAGAUCAGGCAAUGGACCCGGGCUGUAUAAGUUUCGCCUCGACUGAACCUCGUAUACAACUGUAUUUCCUGCUGGGGCUCGUUUAUUCAGUGGUGACGCCGUUUAUUCUUCCCUUCAUAGUUGUGUUCUUUGCCUUCUCCUAUGUUGUUUAUCGCCAUCAGAUCAUCAACGUUUACGACCAGAAGUAUGAGAGUGGUGCUGCAUUUUGGCCAGACGUUCAUCGACGUAUUAUAAUAGGUCAAAUAAUUGCACAAUUACUUCUGAUGGGUUUACUGAGCACAAAAGGCAUUGCCCAAUCGACUCCAGUGUUACUUGUACUACCCGUCUUGACCGUCUGGUUUCAUCACUUUUGCAAGGGGCGUUUUGAGUCGGCUUUUGUUAAGUUCCCACUGCAGGACACAAUGGUGAAGGACACAUUAGAAAGGGCAACGGAGCCAAACUUGGACUUGAAAGCUUAUUUACAAGAUGCUUACUUACAUCCCGUGUUCAAAUCUUUCGACAUUGAGAAAUCGGGUGCUGCAUUGUCCAUUGACGAGGCUGAGAACAGUAGUUCGCUUGUCUCAACUAAGCGAAAUUCUCAAAGGGGCAGUAAAGCUCCUUCUGGUGGUAUGACCCCUGAAGUGAAUGCAUGA